AUGAUACGUCCGCGCACAUUCACCACAUUCUUGGAGGGACUGCUGGUUCUCGCUCAUGGCGUCGAGCGUGCAGGAUCGUCGCAGACAUCAACGUCGGCAAAUGCCGCGGCACUGACUCCGAAGCCAGCAGCAUUCUUGUCAGUUCGAAGUCGCGUGUUGGCCAGUGCUGCGGCGUGCGAUAAUGACACAUCUUUGGUGCCAGUGCCUCCGAGCGAUUGCCCUGCUGACCUGGAUCUAGACGCAUGCGAUUCCGUCGAAGAAGGGCAGCUCUGUGAAGGAGAUGGCGAAUGCAGCACGGACGACCUUUUGAACAAUUGUGGGGACUCGGACGUGUACCUGAAAAUGAAUUCAUCGGCCAGCGACCUAGAGAUUGCCCAGAGCCAGUACCGACAGGAGCCGCCACUUCACAAGUACCCGUGUGUGCAGAUAGUCGUCGACAGGGAGGUAUCCCCAUGGGAUUGUUCGAUGCAUGACGAUUCCUCCGCGAACCCAGGCAGCCCGGAGCAGAUGUUGUCAGUGUCGGUCGGCGGAUCCAUAAACAUCGCGUUGUCGUGUGUCUUCGGGUCGAUAGAUAUCGGCUUCGCGCUCACACUGCACAUGUAUGAUGUUGUUGUCGCUGCUAUGAUGUGGACUUGGAAUGGCAUGGUCAUGGUUUUGACAUGGCUUUGGGAAUCUCUCGUAUUCUUACUAGCAGGCAUGGUCGGAUCUGUCCUUGCUGUUCACGAGGCACUCUGGCAUCGGAUGAUGGAAUGGUACGCGUUACAUGUGCCCCUCUUCAUCGAAUCCUUGUGGGCGUGGUGGUACGUUGCAGUUUGGGAUGUCUUGGUCGUGGACGCUUGGAAUGCGCGGUGGCGGAUUCCCCCUGCUUGCAUUUCUGUCGUUUCCGCUGUAUGUCGUGUGGGCCGUUCUUGGCGUGCCGGUGUGUGUCACUUGCACCGUCGUGCUCUUGCUCGUCGUGCCCGCGAUGUUCGUGUUCUGGUUUCUAUGUUUGUGCAGUCGUGUGUUUUCCGGUUGUCCUUGUACUGGUUGUGUACGUUGUUCUCACUUUGUUCAUUGCCGCCCUCAUGA